AUGCAUCGACCACGACGACGACUGCGAACGAAUGAUAUUAUCAGUCCAGUCUAUCACCGUCGCUGUCUAGCACUUCCCCUUCCUGCCUCUGCUCUCCCUCCCAACCUCCCUCCCGUCCCCGACGCACCAGGUUACCUCCCUCCCACGUCUACUCCCACUCCCUCCCCUCACUCCCCACGCACCGUCAACCCACUCGACGCCUACAUCCUCGCCCGCUUCCAGCGCUUACGUUCUUCCGCAUGUAUAACUCCCCUCCGACGUCUGCUCACAGAGUACAACGAGAACAGCUCGCGGGUGCUGCCCGAGUACCUCCCCUACGAACCCUCUCCUCCCAAAGAGAGGCGAGUCGACUUCCACCAGGGACAGGACGGAGGCACAGUACUCGUCGCGCACGUCAUCGCCGAUCCCAAAGGGGAGGAGAAGGUCAUCGUAUGCAGCGGGUUUCCCAUAAGGACGCGCUAUGCCCAGCAAGGGGAAAGGGGGGGAAGGACACUCAUCGUCUCCUGUACGCAUACGCUCGAGCAGGUUCGCUUCCUCGCACCUCCCGAUGCGGGCGGUACGACGCUCAUCUUCACCUCCCUCGGCAGAGCAGUCCCAGCCACAGCCAUCCCCUCCAGUCUCCCAAAUCGGGACCUAACACUCCUCUCCAUCCCCCAGCAAGCCGAGUCGUACUUCCACCCACUGCCGGUCUCCCCUUACCCCCUCCCGGAGGAAGCGGAGAUAGGAGUGCAUAACUCUGCUGAGGAGGCUGGAGGACAGGGAUGGGAGAGGUGGAUUAACGGGAAGCUCUGGAGACGAUGGGCUAUGGGCCGUGUGGAGGGGUACAAAGACCAAGCGUGGAGAGAAGCCAAACCAGGGACGUAUGACCACCUUGCCCACCUCGUCUUCCUCCCCCUCCCUACCGCAUCCUCCUCCGGCGGCCCGAUCAUGGCCAGUGAAUCAGGCGCAGUAAUAGGCAUCAUCAUCGGCGACAGGGUCGAAGGCGUACGGGGUCAGAAAGGCUGGGCCGUGCCCGCGGAGGCGGUAUUCGAAAUGUUUAGCUUACCGGGUCUGGUGUUGAAGAAGGGCAAAUGAG